AGGUCGUGGACGAGAUUAUAUAAAGCCGGCGCGAGCGGUGCUUGCUCGCAGAACGGUCUGUACAGUUCCAGGACGUCGAGGUGAACGUUUCAGUCUUCUCACAUGGCUACUCUACGGUGGGGCAUCGCCAGCGCGGGCAAGAUCUCGCACGACUUCGUGACGGCACUGCGAACCUUGCCGGCGAGCGAGCACGAUGUGGUCGCCGUCGCGGCGCGGCAAAUGUCACGUGCGAAGGACUUCGCCAAGCUGCACGAGAUCAAGAGGGCCUACGACGAUUACGCGAAACUGGCCCUGGACAAGGACAUCGACAUCGUAUAUAUCGGUGUGAUCCAUCCUCAGCACUUGGACGUUGCGAAGCUGAUGCUGAAGCACGGCAAGCAUGUCCUGUGCGAAAAACCGUUGACGAUGAACCUGAAGCAGACCACCGAGCUGAUCGACUACGCAAGGAGCAAGAACCUGUUCCUGAUGGAGGCCGUGUGGAGCCGCUGCUUCCCCGUAUACGACGUCAUCAGAAAGGAGCUCGCGUCUGGCAGCAUAGGCGACGUUCACCAAGUGAUUGUCUCCUUCGGUUUUGCAAUGACCGACGUAGAUCGGAUGAGCAUGAAGGAGCUGGGUGGCGGCACGAUUCUCGACCUCGGCGUUUAUUGCCUGCAAUUCGCUAACAUGGUCUACGGCAACGAGAUGCCGGAGAGCAUCAAGGCGGCCGGAUUUCUGAACGAGCACGGCGUUGACAUGUCCGUGUCGGCUACCUUGACCUACAAGGGCAAUCGCACCGCGACUAUUAUGACGCACGCGCUGGCCAAGCUACCGAAUGAGGCGUACAUCUGCGGCACCAAGGGUACGAUAAAGGUGCCGGACAACUUUUGGUGCCCGACGAAGGUGGAGCUGCCGAGCGGCACGGUGGAGUUGCCGCUGCCGAAACUGAAGCAUGAGAUUAACUUUAUAAAUUCCGCUGGGCUUUGCUACGAAGCUGCCGAAGCACGCAACUGCAUUCUGAAAGGCUUGAUAGAAAGUCCGAAGAUACCGCACGACACAUCUUUAUUAUUGGCGAAGCUGGAGGAUGAAUUGCGCAGACAGUUGGGCGUCGUGUAUCCUCAAGAUUGAAAAACUAUAUAUAUUUUUUGCAAAUAAUACGUAAAAUUUGUGCCACGAUGUAAUGUAUGAUUGCAAAGGACAUAUUUUCUAGCCGUUUGAGUGUCGGAACUCUGAGUUUUUUAUCUUGUAAUAGCUGCCAUUUCUCCAAUUCCUGCAACGUGUAAUAAAUUUAUAAAUAUUUUAAAAUAUUUGCUUAUA